CAGCUGUAUAUGGUGGAUCCUAUCUUGCCCUGCCCGCUCUCGGCUGCUAUGGGAGAGCAUCCCAAAAAGAAGGCCGGCCUGGCCGUGUGUGUGGGCUGUGGGAGCCACAUCCUCGAUCAGUACAUCCUGAGAGUGUCCCCAGACCUGGAGUGGCACGCAGCUUGCCUCAAGUGCGCCGAGUGCAGUCAGUACCUGGAUGAAAAUUGCACUUGUUUUGUGCGGGACGGCAAGACUUACUGCAAGAGGGACUAUAUCAGGUUAUUCAGUGCCAGGUGCCCCCGCUGCCAAGGGACUCUGCCCCGCUCUGAGCUGGUGAUGAGAGUGGGGGAGAGGGUGUAUCACACAGACUGCUUCCGAUGUUCUGUCUGCAGCCGCCGACUCCUUCCAGGGGAAGAGAUCAGCCUGAGGGACCAAGAUCUGUUGUGUGGGGCAGAGCACAACCUGUCAGACUCUGGCAGGCCCUCAUCCCUCAGGUCUCACAUCCACAAACAAACAGAAAAGACUACCAGGGUUCGGACGGUACUAAAUGAAAAGCAACUACAUACAUUACGUACAUGCUAUGCAGCCAAUCCCCGUCCAGAUGCCCUGAUGAAGGAACAGCUGGUUGAAAUGACUGGACUCAGUCCGCGGGUUAUCCGAGUAUGGUUUCAGAACAAGCGAUGUAAAGACAAGAAGAAAUCCAUUCUCAUGAAACAGCUCCAGCAGCAGCAACUGAAUGACAAAACAAGCCUGCAGGGUUUGACAGGAACACCAAUGGUAGCAGGAAGUCCAAUCCGGCAUGACAGUGCUGUGCAGGGAAGUGCCGUUGAGGUACAGACAUAUCAGCCACCAUGGAAAGCACUCAGUGACUUUGCAUUACAGAGUGACCUGGAUCAGCCUGCAUUCCAACAACUGGUGUCUUUUUCGGAGUCUGGUUCCCUAGGAAACUCUUCUGGCAGUGACAUCGCUUCUCUGUCCUCUCAGCUUCCCGACACCCCGAACAGCAUGGUGCCCAGCCCUGUGGAGACGUGA